AUGGUGGAAAUACUCGUACCAGAACUGAGGAUCAGGAGAAUAAUGAGAAAACGAAAACGCAAGAAAUGA